UUUUCUGUAUUUGUGUGUGUGUGUUUUUCUGUAUUUGUGUGUGUGUUUUUCUGUAUUUGUGUGUGUGUUUCUGUAUUUGUGUGUGUGUGUCGGGGCCGUGUGCAGACCGCGUGUGGCGCAGAGCAGGAUCCAAACAAACCUCCACCGUUUCGGGGUCUGAGCGUGGUCGUGGUGAUGAGCAGUAAUGAGUGCUUCGGCUGCGGCCGGACGGGCCACUGGGUGAAGAACUGUCCGAGCGGCGGCCGUGGGCGAGGGAAGGGUCGCGGCAGAGGAAAAGACCUGUUCUGUUACCGCUGCGGCGAGCUCGGACACGUGGCCAGAGACUGCGAGCGGACUGAGGACGCCUGCUACAACUGUGGCCGAGGAGGGCACAUCUCCCGAGACUGCAAGGAGCCGAAGAAGGAGCGCGAAAGACAGCUGUGCGAACAGCUGUGCUACAACUGCGGCAAGGCCGGUCACAUGGCACGUGACUGUAACCACGCCCACGAGCAGAAGUGCUAUUCCUGCGGCGGCUUUGGACACAUCCAGAAGUGCUGCGAGAAGGUCAAGUGCUACAGGUGCGGGGAGAUUGGCCAUGUUGCGGUGCACUGCAGCAAGGCGUCCGAGCUGAACUGCUAUAACUGCGGGAAGUCGGGUCACCUGGCGAAAGAGUGCACCAUCGAAGCCACCGCUUAGCUGACCUCUGACCCCACCCCAACCUCUUCUUUCUCUCUCUGUUUGUUCCCUCUGAUUCUUCUCUUGUCAUUGGUCCAGAGGCCUGUCAGUCAGCCUCGUAACAGCCAAUCAGAGCAGGCGGAGGGAGGUGGAGGGGCGGACUCUAAGAAACAACUUUCUUCUUCUGUGUUUUAGUUUGGUAGCGGUGUUAUGAUGUACAGAGCUUUGUUUAAAUCUUUUCUGCCAGCCAAUUGGCUGAGAGAGUGAUGUAAAAAAAAAUAAGCCCCUCCCCUCUGCCCUGUGGUUGAGGCUAUAACAGAGGGAUGGAAGUUUGUAUCUUCCAAAGUUUAUUUUUAUUUUUGGACAACAUCGAGUUUGAGCGUGAUUGGCCCCACCUCCAGGAAACAGCCAAUCAUCUCACAGGAUGAAUGAGCCAAUCGGGACGGGUUGCAGCAGACAUUUUCCAGGUGUGUUUUUGUUGCGAUUCGGGGAGCAACACGCCAACAAAAACCAACAAUAAAAUGACAAAAACGAGAUUUCAGCUGCAAGAAGUCUGGCCGAAUAAAAUGAGAAAACCUUAUUUUUGUACAUUUGAUCUGUGAGCUGCUGUAAAGGUGUCGUUUGGUCUGACUCAGACUGUACGUUUUACCUGACAAUAAAAAGGUGAGGAGGAUGAGGGCGGA